UUGAACCCCUGGCAUCGGUGUAUGAUGUGGUGUCAUACAACAUAGCAAUGGGUUAUGAUUGAAGGUAAGAAAGAAGGGACAGUUUUGGCAAAUUUUCCAAUUUGUUUUCAUUGGUAUAAUCAAGCCGGGCAAACUGAAACAGGAACUGAAAUAUACACACACAGGUAGGCUUCUGUCAGAGUCCAGCGCCUACCUCCCAUUUAAGCCGGCCAUCUAAAGCGCACAUUUUUCACGUUUCUUAUAUAUAUCUUUUUUAUUCUUUCUUUUCUUCAUUAAGAAUUAGAUUUACUUUUAUAUUCCAAACCCAUUUCCUACUUCAACUUUGGAGAUCUUUUUCUUUUAUCAAAUUAACCUGUCUGGGUGUCUUUCAGAAUUCCCAAAUUUGCUCAUUUUCCCUUGGUUUUUGGCUAAUGAUUAAUUAUCCUGAUCUGGGUCAUCUCCAAAAUCACUAAUUUCCAAUACCCAUAACUCCUUUUAUGACUCUUUUUGAAAUUUCAGUUUCAAAAUGAUGAGAUUCCAUUAAUUUUUGAGGGUUUCAAAAUAGACAAAUCUUCAACCUUUUCAUUUCCCUAAAAAAAAAAUGACCAGUACGAUUUUUUUGUCAAGUUCAUUGGGGUUAUUUCCUAUAGCAACAUCGACUAAAAAUUGUGAUUUGGGUGCAAAAAGGAGCAAUUUUUAUUGUUUUAUUAAGGAGAGGAAGGAGCAAAGAAAUGUUAUCUGUGCUUGCAUGACACCUACGAGGAACUUGGGACAUGAUGAAUUCCCUGGAACUAGAUUCACUGAAUCAUCUAAAUAUGGGAAUUUGAGCAAGGAAGUGAAGUAUGAGAAUGACUCUGAUGUUCUCAUUGAAUGUCGAAACGUGUACAAAUCAUUUGGAGAAAAGCAUAUUUUGCGAGGUGUGAGCUUCAAGAUUAGGCAUGGUGAAGCUGUUGGAAUUAUUGGUCCUUCUGGCACUGGGAAAUCUACGAUUCUGAAGAUUAUUGCUGGACUUCUUGCCCCAGACAAGGGAGCGGUAUACAUUCGAGGAAAAAAAAGAUCAGGUUUGAUUGGUGAUGAUGAGAUAUCUGGUCUUCGAAUUGGACUGGUUUUUCAGAGUGCAGCACUUUUUGAUUCAUUGACCGUUCGUGAAAAUGUUGGCUUCCUUUUAUAUGAAAAUUCAAGCAUGUCUGAUGAUCAAAUCUCACAGCUUGUGACAGAGCAAUUGGCUGCUGUCGGUUUAAAGGGAGUUGAAGAAAGGUUACCUUCUGAGUUGUCUGGAGGAAUGAAGAAAAGAGUUGCCUUAGCUCGUUCUAUAAUUUGUGAUAUCACCAAAGAAUCAAUUGAGCCUGAGGUGCUUUUAUAUGAUGAACCAACAGCAGGGCUUGAUCCAAUUGCAUCGACAGUUGUUGAAGAUCUCAUCCGCUCCGUCCAUGCCAAGGCUGAGGAUGCACUUGGGAAACCUGGAAAGAUUGCAUCGUAUGUGGUUGUUACUCAUCAACAUAGUACCAUUAGAAGAGCUGUUGACAGGUUAUUGUUUCUUCAUGAGGGGAAGAUUGUUUGGCAAGGAAUGACUGAUGAAUUCACAACAUCAACCAAUCCAAUUGUUCAACAGUUUGCAUCUGGGAGUCUGGAUGGUCCAAUCAGAUAUUAGAGCACAUACAGAGGUUUUGGAAGAACAAAUAUGGUCAUUGACUUUCUGCUGCUAGUGAAGUUGCUAGAUAGGGAUUCUCAGGAAAAUAAGUCAAAUGGCACAUACAAGUUUUGGCUUCCAUAAGAAAUCUUGGAGGUGCUCUGUAAAAUUCUCGACAUCAAGGGGAAAUUUUGGCAUUGUAUUUGCAGGUCAACAUUGAUUGAUUAAGUGCUCCCUUUUAACAAUGUUGUAGAUUCAUUAUAGAUUUGAUUUAUUAUCAAACUUACAAAAAUUACAAUAAUUCUUUGUCCCUUUUCAUUUUUUUUUCUCCAAUAUUUUCCAUUUAAUCUAACUUAUCAGAGUCUUGAGUGAUGAGGGUUGGCUCUUGUUGUCACCUCUUUUUCCUACAAGAAAGGGUUUAUUGCGUGUGAUUAACAUAGUAUUAAUUUAAUUAAUUGGUAUACAAUUCAUGCCUUUGCCAAUUGCCAUGGUGGACUGAAAAUAGGAUUUUCUCAGCUUCAACUUAUGUGGAAGCUUACCGCAUCUAAUGCCGUUAAAUCAUAAUUUAUCUUUAAAAAGGAAAAAGGAAAGAAAAGAAACAAGCAAAACGAUGAAGCAGAAGAAAUUUAUUUGUUGUACAUGAUGAGACAAAGGGCAUGGUCAUUGAAAAAACUGAAGAAUUUCAUCUGAGUUUUGCCCACCCAAACUAUGAUGGAAAUUUCUUCAUGACCUUUAAUUGCCAAAUGGAACUGUUAUUCUCAAAUAAUUUUAACUACACAAAUUUGUAUGUGAUAUUCACCAAUUACACCCAUUGUUGAUAUGGAAUAUUUUACAUUUAAGUAAGAAUUGGAUCAUUGU